AUGCUUGGUAAUACCAAGCUUGAAGCACAAGCAGUCCCAAACCCCGGUCCGUGGAUCAUCAGCACUUCUCUCGACAAGCCGGAUCCACCUUUUACCACUGCAAAACCCUGUAUCUAUGCUGUCGACAUGAAGCUCGUCAACGAGACUGAAACUCAGGUCUUUGACCUGUCUGACAUCCACACCCAUCGAGCCACAAUUCAUUCAAUACUGUUCACUGCCCAAGCAUUUCAGGACCUUUCUCUGGGGAAACACUGUGGCAAAAUUGCGCAGUUUCACCUUGGGAAGACUCUUUGUCAUCUGCAGCAAAGCCUCAAUGACAGACAUGGCGCAGUAGCCAUGCCCACCAUCGCGAUCGUGGCAAUGCUAGCGUCAGCCGCUGCUGUGUUUGGAGAUUUACAGACUGUCGAGAAGCACAUGAAUGGGCUACUAGACCUCGCCCUCGCCAUGGGAACCAACCGUGAGCCGCGGUUGUUCCCCAAAGAAAUCUCCUGGGACCCGCAAAUCGCCCCUUCAGGGUGUACGGCAUGGUACAAGGAACUCGAGGAGAUUCAUCCACCACUUGAUCCAAAACUGCUCACUAUCUGGGCUGAUUUGAAGUGCUACUCCAAAAUAGCGAAUCGCGUCCAAUCUGGGCUCGAGAUAAAGCCAGACCUCUUCCUAACGUUAAGCACUUCUGUUCCGAAUCGUUUACUGCACCUCGAGUAUGACAGCACGUCACUAGCAGAACUCAUGAGGCUGUCAAUGCUAGCGUACAUCAAGGGUCUUCUCUUUCAAAUACCUGGUAUCGGCAGAAAUAUGCGAUACCUGUCGGAGAGGUUUAGUCUCUCGCUACAGGCCCAGCAGUAUCCUCCACCUCCGGAGCAUGCGCAGUUUGUAUUUUGGGCCUUGUUCAUCUCAGGGUUGUCCAUCUUUGAGUCGUUCGACCAAGAAUGGCAUCGUACAGCCCUUGCAAAGACAGCGUCGAUACUUGGCGUUGUAGACUGGACUCAGGCGAAGAGUGUCUUAGAAAGUGUUCUGUGGGUUGAUCGGAUCUACGAUGCAGGAGCUAAGGUUGCACUCGAGACUAUUCUGUGCCAAUGA